AUGUGGGUAGUUAACACGACACUUUUUCUGCUAUUCUCUGCCCACCUCACAAAUGGGCUUCGGUUGAAUGGACGGGAAAAUCGAGCCACCCGAAUGUCGGUGGUGGAUUUCUGGAGAAAUGAAACUGAAGGCGAUGGAUUGAAUGUGAAGGUGGCUCAUGCAAUCAAUUCAUGGCCUGACCUCGUCGAUCAAUUACACGAGCCAUUUUUGAACAAAUCGCUGAUGAUUGAAGGAGAUGUCUUUUUACAAGCUCAUCGAAGACCAAGACAUCGAACCAUUCCCGUUAUGCAAUCAAGGAAUUCAAGAAUGGCCGAUCGAAUCACUUUUCGUGAUUGGCUUCGUGAGGUGGCAAACCUCAAAAAAGCCAUCAAAAUCAACUUCCGAACGACAGAAGUUGUUCGCCCUGUACUGCAAUAUCUCUAUGCUUCACAGGCAGAUCCAGAUAGUCCAAUUCUUGAUCGACCAGUCAUUCUUCAUGCAAAUGUUUUCCGAGCGCCGAGAUCUGUUGAGCCAGAAGUAGACCCAGGAGUGUUUGUCGAGAGAACUCAAUCUCUUUUCCCCGAUGCCACAAUUUCUCUUGGAUGGACUCGUCAACAGAAUUUAUCUCAAUUAAACGAGAAAUAUAAAAAACUCACUUGGCAUACUCUAUUUAUGAUCCUUGAACACAUCGCUAAAUUGGAUCAACCAGUUAUGCUUUCUGUUCGACUUUCUGUGGCUCAAUAUUCAACCGAACAACUUUUAUGGCUUUUGGGAAUGGAUAAAAGUGUCUCAUUGUUGAUUUGGAGUGACGAUGAAGAUAAUAUUACAAACUGGGAGGGCUUAGUGGAAUUAAGAAAAGAGGCGACAAGAAAUCGAAUUCUAUACGAUUUGUUGCCUCAACAUCGAGAUAAAUUCAAGAACCUUUCACCACAACCAAUUGAGAGCCACGCAGCUUUCGAUCUCUCGGCUUGGAGAUCUGUCGAGUUUCCCUCGACUUCUUCAUCACUUUCGGCUGUUGUGCGAAGUGAAAAGGGCCCGGCUUUCAUCGGUCAACCAGUCUCUUUAUUGAUUUCCCAAAAAGCCCCACCGACUUUCCCGGAUGAGCAAUUUGUUGAAGGAAAGGUUCAUUUCUUGCCGAAAUCCUACUCGCGCCGGCUGGAAGUCGAGGAGAAUUCGGGUGUAUCGAUUCAUUUGCUUGAUCGAAUCAAAGAAAUUGACUCACCGAAAAUCAACAAAGGAAUCGAGGUUUUUAUCGGAUAUGGUGGAACGGUUUUUGUUGAAAAUAAACAAAAAAAUCGAGAAAAUCAAAAAUAUUAUGAGUCAAAAUCUUUGGGUCAACUACCUGCGAGUGAUUGCUAUGGAUUCAAAGUCACUGAUCGGGGUUGGCGGGUGACAGCCGAUGUUUGGACAGAGCCAUGCUUGGGACAUAAAAGAAGAAAAAGAGAAGUCGUACGCAUCGAAUUGGAUACACCAUUUCAGAAAGGUGGCUCUUUGCGUAAUGUGAUCGUCUCGAAAAGUGGAGACGACUCAAUCGAUUUUCUUCUCGAAUCACUGCGACACUCAUCAACCACAAGGAUUUCAAUUGUUUUUUCAAUUCUUUUCAUUUUCCUCUAUCAACUCUUCCAU